CCCCUUCGUGUUUCUGCAUGUUCCUGACUCUCCUACGAGCCACACCGUGCCCUCUUCGUCUUCUUCCUUCCUCCACUCGACUCCACUUCACUUCACUGCCGUUCCCUCGUCUUUUUUCCCGGGUCCGCCGUUGCCAGAAUCUUCUUAAACCAGCCAACCCUUGAUAUCCCGUCCACUCCUCCCUUCCGCCACACCAUCAAACAAGCCAUCCAAAACAACACCGUACCACUCCCUACCGACCCAGACACUCUCCUACACAGUAGACCUUGUCGCCGUCCACCCACCACGGACCAACAACACUGCGCUCGUGCUUGCAUCGCUUCUCAAUUCACUGUAAACAGUACGCUCCACCACGAUGGCGGCUCUAGGUACCUUGUCGGCCACCUCGUCUGCUGUUGACAGCAUCAAUGACCUUGAUGGAUACACCCUUCGAGACUACAGCUUCCCUUCCGUCAACUCCUUCGCACCUAUCCAAGAAGAUGACUUUGGUUUCGACCCCCCUCUAAUGAAGGCUUCCUCCCUCAACAACUACCAACCCUACAGUCCUCCCAACGAUCUCUCAUUACCCGAGUGGCCCGAGUUUCAGCGCGAAGACGAUCUCAAGCCGUCUGCAGACACCUCGCUGAACUUGGACGCCUACGAGAUCAACAAAUUUAUCAACUCUACACUGCCAACCUCCAGCACUGCCGUUUCACGAUAUGGCCAGAUGACUCCACCACGAUCCAACUCGGCAGCAAGCACAGACUCAGCCAUGUUUGAAGAGAAGCUCUCUCCCAAGUCCAUAGCUCCAGAAGCACGCCGGAAGCGGUCGUCCAAGACACAAUCCAAAGACGAUGAAACAGCUCCUGCACCUGCUACGACUACACCUGGACGGAAGCGAAAGUCCACCAAAAAGGGAUCGGGUGCGGCGGAUAAGGUACACUCUCCCGAAGAGCAAAAGAGAAAACAAUCACUCGAGAAGAACCGAGUCGCAGCUGCAAAGUGCCGGAUGAACAAGAAGGAAAAGACCGAACAACUACAGCGAGACUCGCACGAGAAGGCCAUUCAGAAUGCAUACCUGAAGGACCAAGUCAUGCGCAUGAAGGAUCAGGUCCAGCAAAUGAAUGCUCUCCUGCUCGCCCAUGCGAAUUGUGAAGAAUGCAAGGCGCCAGAGGAAAUCCAAUCUCACCUCGCCAACCUCGGCAACGACUUUUUCACUUCUCACAUGGCACUUGGGAAUUCGAGCUUUGUCGACUUUGCCCCUCCCAUGAACUUCUCCGAUCUGCCAGUCAUGAACAAUGGCUAUUUCGACCAGAACCAGGGUCAGAUGCUGCAUCCUCCACUUCCAGAAUUCAACCGUUCUGCAGACUUUGAGGUGCAGACACCCGUGCAGACCGAUUGAACCGAGCGCUUCAGCUGAAGUUACCCCGCACAAGAGACACAGUUCCAAACAAAUCCCGGCCUCUUAUGUGCAGCAUACAAGUCUUGGUCCCAGCAAUCACAUUUGCAGAGUUGUCGUCGCGCAAAGCUACCAACCGACGGGAGGGGGUGCCACUCCCCCACUCCAGUUGUGGCGCUGCUGCCGAAUCCACUAGUAUCCCCAAUGUGGUUCUCCCUGGCUGCUAUAUCCGGUACAGCUGGAUUGUGUACAGUACAUUAUGACGACGGUGGCUUGUUACCCGCCGACACCAUGUCUUACCACCCUCUACUAUCUGGGCGCUCGAACCUGCCACUUUCAACGCGGGUAUCGUCGAACCAGGCGAAGUCUGUGUCUGGGGAAUAUUGCCGAAUCACUUGGCUUGGCUCAGGCUUUUUCCGACGCGCCAUUGGUCGCCUUUGACGUCAAUCCUUCGAUGCCCGGAUCAAUCGUCCGGACGAUCGUCCUGCGGCAUUUUCAUCAGGAUUUCAUGUGAUACACACGGUGGCUGGUGUUGCCCUCAGCGGUAUCUUGUACGAGUAUUGAUUAUCGCAUAGCAGCAGGAGAUGCGGACCGGAUGGGGGGGCGAAGGGUGAGCUGGCUCUGCAUGAAUUUGCAAUUGCUUUUUCCAGUAUUUUACAUCGGAGUUGUCGCGUUCGGAUCAGGUGUUUCUUCUGGCUGGAGGCUGGCUUUCCUGCGGACACAACACAAGGACAAAAGGACACACGAUGGCACGUUUAUGAAUGAUACCAAUCCAAAGCUUUAUGUACCUGCUUGAAGGGCUCAAUAUAAUGAAUUAAUUGAUGACUCCCAUUUUCU